AUGGCUUUUUGGGGCGUCGAGGUGAAACCUGGAAAGCCAGUCACUCACUAUUGCGAAAAGGCUAGAGGAAGGCUUCGAAUUUCUCAGGCAACUCUUGGAAUCGGUGAUGCUACAAUGAGGUCAACAGUGCAGUGUAAUGUGGGUAGAAGGAGUCCGGUUUUGCUCUGUGUGUUGAUUCCCGAAAAAAAGGAGUGUUGCCAUUUAGAGUUGGAAUUCGAGGAGGCUGAUGAUGUGGUCUUUUCUGUUAUCGGCCCACGAAGUGUUUACCUCAGUGGUUAUUACAUCCAGAAAAUUCAGGGCAUAUGUCCUCACAGUGAUUCAGAAACAUUGGGUGCAGAUAUUGAAAACACCAAUACGGAAGGAUCUGGCUAUCGUAGUGAUGAUGAUGAUGAAUAUGGCGGCAGUUUCAUUAACGAUGAUCACGAGUUACAGUUUUCUCCAGAGUCCCCUGUCGAAUGCAGUAAAGGAGUGAAUGAAGAAGCUACACCAGAAAAUGAUGAGUUGGAGGACAACGAGCUGGCACAUGGUGGACAAGGUAGGAAGAACUACCAAGCAAUUGCAUCAGAUGAUGAUGCUGAUUCGCAUGAAAGUGAAGAUAAAGUUCCCCAUAGUUUAUCUGCAUCGAAGAGUAAAAGUGACGCGGAAGAAGACGAUGGUGUGUAUGGUGUUGACAAACUGGAUGGUGCUGUCCUACAUGCGUAUAAUAAUGCCAUGGAAGAGGAGACGCUUGAGGAAACUAAUGUUUCAAUCAAAAAGGUCUUAACUGGAAAUCCGAUUCAUGAAAGUAAUGCAAAAGACGCAGUCAGCAGUCAGAGUCUGCCCACGAGCAUAGGGAACGAUGAAACACCAUUCCGUGAUCUUGAAAAAUCAAAAAGGAAAAGAAAAAAGCACUCAAAGGAGGAGAAAACCCACACAUGUCAAGCAGACAAGGAUAACACUGUUCUGGCAGAGGAUAAUGUGCAUGAGGUUGAGGCCUCCAAUAACACUGAUAUCAGUGGAAAUCCCAAAGAUGGUCUAUCAAAGAAGAGAAAGAGUGAACUGCAGCUGGAAGGAAUAAGUGUAAAAGGAACUGACAGCCAUUGUGGUUUACAGCAAGCUGAAAACCAGACUCAAGAACAACCGGGGUUAGAACAAAUUCAUACAGACGAAAUUGGUGAAGAAGAAAGGGGAGAAGAUCAAAACCAACAGAUUGAUAACAUCAUCAACACAGUAUAUGAGGAGAUACUAGCUAGUUAUGGCCAGCCUGACAAAAGGAUUAAGAAAAAGAAGAAGAAAACUCCGUUCAAUGGGAACUUGAACAUGGGCACAACUGUUGUGGAAUCUAAUAAUCCAGAAACCACACUCAUGGAAAGUGACGACCAGAGUCCAAAUGCAACCAUAUCAAAGGGGGGUUUAAUCAUUGAGGAAUUAGACUGUGGGCCACCUGAUGCUAAAGUAGCUGCACCUGGUAAAAAGGUUAAAAUUUAUUAUACGGCCAUGGUGAAGGACAUUGGGCAUGUUUUCGACUCGAAUGUUGGUAAAGAUGCUCUGUGUUUUCGGUUGGGCAACGAAGAUUUCAUUGAUGGCUGGAAUGUUGGCAUAGAUGGUAUGCGUGUCGGCGGAAAGAGGAGGCUUAUCGUCCCACCUUCAAUGGCUUUUGGAGAUAAUGCAGUGGGAGAAGAUGUUCCACCAAACUCAUGGCUGAUAUACGAAAUUCAUCUGCUUAGUGUACGAAGAUAA